GCUGGCGAGGAGGAGGAGGAGGAGGCGCAGAGCACCUUGCAGUGUGCAUCUAUUCCGAUUUGUCAGAUGCCAGCGUUCCGUCUGGAGAUGCGCCGCGCAGAGGCUGCUCCGUGAGAGAGCACGAUACGUGAAGGAGUGAAAAGUCCAAGACGCGGCGCACUCUGUGCGCACUCGCGCAUCCUGGUUUCUCUUCCCUCGGCAAAGUGCUGUUUCACCCUCCCUCCUCCUUAUUCAUCCCCCGGCACUCUCUGCACCCUCGGAGCCGUCGGAGAGCACCUGCACUGAGGCGCAAAGACUUCAAACACAUUCCAGAGGAUUGCACCAUUCAGACGCAUCGCGUCACACAAGGUCCAGGAUGGUUCUAACUCUGUGUGCAGCUGGGUGGCACAUCAACUUCACAAUGAUGCUGCUGCUUUAUUUUGCUGUUGGUGCUGCCUCCUCCAUAGUGAACAUGCGUAAGGUCACUCAUCCAGCAGUAAAAGAAUCUCUUGCAGGCAAAGCCAUCCUUCCAUGUGCGUUCACCCUCCAGUCCAGUUCUACUGACCAACCUCCCCGCGUCAUGUGGACUCACAUCAUUCAACCAGCACCAGGCGGACAGGGCGGACCUGUGGAGCAGAUUGUACUUUCUGCUAAAGGUGAUGUAAUCAAGGUGAAUAAGGCUUUCAGCGGCCGCGUCAGUCUGCCAGGAUAUGCUGCCAAUUCCCUGAAUGCCACCAUGGAGAUCUCCGGUCUCCGUACCAACGACUCGGGCACUUACCACUGUCAGGUUGUCAUGAAUAAUGACCACGAGAGAGACACGGUGCUCCUGGUGGUCUCUGGUGUGGUAUUCCACUACCAGUCUCCCAGCAUCCGAUAUGCACUCUCAUUUAUGGAUGCUAAGAGGGUCUGCGAGGAGAACUCGGCUCAGAUCGCCACCGCCGCACAGCUGUGGGCGGCGUACUAUGACGGCUUUGGCAGCUGUGCAGCCGGCUGGCUGGAGGACCAGACUGUCCGCUAUUCUGUCCAGUUGCCAGAGAUUGGUUGCCAUGGACACAAGGAAUAUGCCCCUGGAGUGAGGAAUUAUGGGAAGAUGGACCCAAAUGAGCUGUUUGAUGUGUACUGUUUUGCAGGCGAACUGGAUGGUGAGGUGUUCCACUCCUCUGUUCCAGGCAGGCUGUCACUGUCCUCAGCCUCGGACCGCUGUGUGUCCCUCGGGGGCCAGCUGGCCACUGUAGGGCAGCUUUAUUUGGCAUGGAGGGCUGGCCUGGACAGCUGUGCCCCAGGCUGGUUGUCUGACGGCAGUGUUCGUUACCCUGUGACACAGCCUCACCCAGACUGUGGCAAGACGCAGUCGGGAGUCCAUACAAUAACACCCAACAGCACGGCUGAUAAUAUCACUACCCUUUAUGAUGCUUACUGCUACAGAGGUAAAGUGAAGAACCCAGGCUCCAUCUCUCAGAUCUACACUUCCCUGUGGAAGCCCUGGAGCUACCUCACAGGUGCAACUGAUGUCUACCCUGCAAAGACAGAGAGUUCUGACCUCACCACAGAGCAAAGCACCACUACCAGAGGUUCUUUAGUUAGCAGUGAUCUUUCACCUUCUAACUGGACAGGAUUGGUUGACUUGGACGAAGAUGUCACCCAGCACAUUGCUGAUGCUUCUUCAGAUCCUUGGUCUUCAGAGUCUUCAGGGAUGUAUGUGACUCUCCAGAUAAGCUCAGAACAGAGCUCCUUCAAAUGGGGAGACCCACUAGAACCUGGUCCUGAGUCAGAGGAGUUUCUCCGGCCACCUGUGUCCCCUACUACUGUUAUGAAGAAGAUUAUGGUAAAGACGGUCAAAUCCAUUUGGAAGCCUUGGAGUUAUCUAUCAGGUACUGAUGAGGAGAGAGGAACCCAAGCACCAAGUGGAAUAGCAGAAGAAGGGAUGAUACCCACUAAAGUGACCCAAAGUGAUGAAGGGUUAAAACCACUUAGUACAGCACCACCAGGUUUGUUUUCAUGGGGAAGUUCAUGGUUCAGCAGCCCCUUGAGGGAGCUGUCUACAUCAGCCAGUGAAGAAUCACCCAUGGGUCUGGCAUCUACACUCUCCACCUCCACUUCCCACUCUUUGUCUACAGAAAGUAAAGAGAGCUGGCAGAAUUCAGAGCUACACACAUCUACCGUUUCCAGCCCUGCACCAGAAAUCAUGUCAUCCAGAGGCGAAUCCCGGAUCUAUGAAGUUUCUCCACAAAUGGAGACUACAACCCAGCCUGUGGACAAGAGGGAGGAGACGGUGACCUCUAAAGCCAGUGGUAGAGGAAGCAGAGGAAGGGGGAAGAAGAACAGAGGAGAGGACAGAAGCAGAGGAGAGGAGAAGGGAAAAGGAGAUGAGGAGGGAAGUGGAGAACUCACCGGUGUGGAAGCAAAAGGAGAGAUACAGGUCUCACGUCGGCUGGUUGGAACAAGUAAACCAAGAGAAAGAUCAAGAGAAAGAGGUCGAGAGAGAGGCCAUCGGAAAGGGCAGACCACCACAACAACCACAAUGGCCACAACAACCACCUCUGCUACUCCUCCAGAGCCCACCACAGUGUUAACCGAGUCAAAAAGUAUUGACUUAUCUACCUCUGAAUCGCUAUCACAAACCCCAUCCCCACCUUCACCUGCAUCCCCAACACUUUCCACCUCACCAUCUCCAUCUUUCUCCACUUCCAUACCACCUUCUUCACAUCUGCCAUUUUCACCAUCUAUCUCCUCUUCUCAGUCAUCACUAUCUGAGUUAAAGCUAGAAGUCUCAUCUUCUUCCAUACCCCUUUCUUCUUCUCCUCCUUCCACUUCACUGCCUCCCUCGCAGCCCAAAACCACAUUCCUCAUAUUCCCACCAUCAUCGCCCUCAUCCCAUUCACCAUCAGAGAAUCCAACAGUGGGAUCAGAGGAUGCAUCCACAUCACCUCAGUCCAGUCACCAGGAGACGUCCACUGAUUUCGUAACCUCACUUCCUUGGGUCCCAGUGGAGCGAGCAGUUGUAAGUGGAGCUGAUGAGAAAGCAAAGGACUCUGUGGAUUAUCCUCCAUCAGUGUCAGGGCCCCCAGAUGAGGACGAGCCUUCUUGGGCUCAUACAGUGGGAUCAGGCACUCUGUUACCUGGCAACAUAGAAGAAGAGCCCAGCAGAGGAGGAUUCAAUGUCAGCACUACAACACUGAGUCCAGCAGCUGAAGCGGAGCCCUGCGUGACAAACCCGUGUCUGCAUGGAGGAAAGUGCCUUCCUCAGGGAACAGGCUACAGCUGUUACUGCCCGCAAGGAUUUGCCGGGGAGAACUGUGAGAUUGACAUUGACGACUGCCAGUCUGAACCCUGCGAAAACGGAGGCACUUGCAUUGACAAGAUUGAUUCAUUUCUCUGCCUCUGUCUGCCCAGCUACGGAGGAGACAUGUGCGAGAAAGAUAUUGAAGGUUGUGAACACGGGUGGAGGAAGUUCCAUGGCCACUGCUACAGGUAUUUCCCUCACAGACACACCUGGGAGGAUGCAGAGAAAGACUGCAGAGAGCACAGUGCACACCUCAGUAGCAUCACCUCCACUAAUGAACAGGAAUUCAUUAAUGGUCUGGGUCACGACAAUGCUUGGAUGGGUCUGAAUGACCGCACAGUAGAGGAAGACUUUCAGUGGACUGACAGCAGUGAUCUGAUCUAUGAGAACUGGAGGGAGAGCCAGCCGGAUAACUUCUUUGCAGGUGGUGAGGACUGUGUGGUGACCAUUGCCCAUGAGGAUGGCAAGUGGAAUGAUGUGCCAUGCAACUACAACCUGCCUUAUAUCUGCAAGAAAGGCACAGUGCUGUGUGGGACCCCGCCUGCAGUGGAAAACGCCCUUCUGGUAGGUCGUCGGAGGUCACACUAUGACAUCCAUGCAGUGGUGCGCUACCAGUGCACUGAAGGCUUCUAUCAACGCCACAUCCCCACCACCCGCUGCAGGGCUGAUGGAAGCUGGGAGCGACCCAGAAUCAUCUGCACAAAGUCUCGGAGAUUGCACCGGUACCGGCGCCACCACCACAACCAGCGCCGUGAGCGCCACGCCCACAGGAGACGCGGCGGAGAUGGGCACAGGGCCAGAGAGGACGCACACAGUUACUACUGAACCAAAUAAUAUAACAUCUGCUAUGCCUAGGUGCUAACCGUGGCCUACAGAGAAAGACAGUAGUCCCCAGCACACCCAUACCCAACUUCAUGUCUGCUUCUGUCCACGUUUACUUUAAAUUUAUUCAGCUGAAACAAAAUCAUUUCUAAAACUCUUUUAUUUUUGCUCUAACCUGCAGUUUGAUCCUGCAUAGGCCCACGUAAACACUAAUUUGGGUUUUUAAACUACUUCAGUCUCACAAAUCUCAGUAUUAACCCGUCAUCUGUCUGUGACC